AUGCUUGCCUCGUCUUCCCUCUACUGGCGCAAUCAAGACGGUCACGUCCCAGCUACCAGUCCACCGCGUGUGGCCACUGCGGUGAGCAUGGUUUCCUUGGGAGCGCAGAGGAAACUAGAGUGCCAGGCGGAAAGAGAGGUAAAAUACCAGUUCGUGCAGAUAAGUAGAUGAAUGAAGGCGAAAUUUCGAGUUCCAGGUGUAUGCAUAAGUGAAGACUCUUCUCUCGACUCUUCUUCUUCACGUGGUCACCUCCAGUCGUGCGACGUCGGUCGAUGAUUGGGCCUACGUGCCUUAUAACUGACGCCUAUCCUGUUUCUGCCACUACCUCUGACGAUGGACUCCUGUACGAUUCUGAAAGCCCAGGAUAAUAAACGAAGUAUUCCGGUGCUCGACUCUUCUUCUUCACUUAUAGAUAAGUAGAUAAGCUGUCGCAUUAAAUUUCAACCGAAAUUCUGAAACGCGUUUUCAAUGCGAGAAGAUUACUUAAGUAGGGUCGUAAUGGUAAUGGCCAUGUCGCAUACUAUCAAGAUAUCUUAUUCACGUCAUGAUGCCGGCUUUCGAAUAAGCUCCUUAUUGAUCGCCUCCAUUAACUAUAUUCCUUAAAAAUAACUGUUUAAGUAGUGGGAUUUUUCCCGCUGAUUUUCAACGUCCUUAUAAAUUCAAAUAUAUCCCAUUGGGGGAGGUGCGCGAAAUUCUGAUUCAUAUACCCAUUUGGUAGCGAAUUGCGUCUUCUUUAAAUUCUUUCAGUUUUAAAAAUCCCAAUUGUGGGACUUUUUAGAACCGCGAAAUGACCAACCGUACAGCAUCGCAUCGGUGUAUUUGUCAAUGCUACUUAUAAAGUGGACAACGUGGUCCACCCCCAUCACAAAUUUUCUGGGUCCUAUAUGUUUCCUUCGCAAUCGUAUACAAGAAUGUAGCAAGUAGUUUAAAGACUCUGAAUGAAAGUGUAACGACGGGUUGAGUUAAAAAUUAAUCGGGAAUUUAGAAAGUCUUUUAAAAUCGAAAGAUACUCCUUAUUUAAGUUUAACAUUUAAAGGAGACGUGAUUUGCUACCAAAAGUGUAGCAUGAGGAAUAUUUUUAUACAUGUCUUCCACAAAAUAUAUUUAGAUUUAUAAGGGCAUCGAAAGUCAAUGGAAGAAAUCCAUGCUACUUAAGAAGUCUAUGCAGGCGGCCGAUAAGGAGCUCAUUCGAUAUCCGGCAUUCUUAAGUCACUGGAUUAUCUUGGUAUUUUGCCACAUGAUAAUAAAUAGUACAACCCUGGUUAAGUCAUAUUCUGGACUUAAAAACACAUUUAAGAAUUUCAGCCAAUAUUUCAUGAGAUAGGAUAUCUACUGCCGCAACUGCAGAUGGCGUAUUUUGCUCAUCCUGUCUUAUGCCUUCCCAGGUACAUAUUAUGGUUGCCCACAGUGGCAAGACCUGGUGUCGCUGCGGCACCUGCAACCAAGAGUUCUGUGAAGACGACAAAACCCUACCAGCCAAACUGACCAUUGGGAAGGAGGAGACGAGCGAAGAGGAAAAUCAAAAUAGCAAUCCACAACAGGUGAACCCCAAGGAGGAGGCGGCGGCUGCUGCUACGGAGGCGGAAGCCUCCCCAGAAGACGGAGAAGCCGCCAACGGGGAGGGUGAGGCAGCGAAGCCAGUCGAAGAGUCCCUCGAGCCCUACGCCGCCACACUGCCCAUUCUCACCCUCUGCCGCAUGUUGGAGACCCACGAGGGACGCCACUGUGAGCAGCUACGCCCACCCAAACGCAUCCUCUACCUGCCGACCAAACUGCUACAGCAGAUUCUCCACAGCUGCGGCCAACAGGCUGCGCAGGUAGCCACCUGGCUCAAUGAGGCCUUUAUGCAGCCUGCCCACCUGGAUGUGAAGCCAUUUCGGUAUGAGGACCCCAAUGACACGAAGAAGAACAAGCGUGGUCCCCGCCUCGACCCCGGUGUCGACCCCCUGACCCCGGACGGUCUGGAGUGCGCAGUCACCUCCCUGCAGGGCCUCAUGGAGCGGGUGGGCAAGAGCCUCGACGUGGACGGAGGCGGCGCCGGUGAGGGCAACGAGGGGCCGGGCCGCAUGGGGGCUGGAACAGCCUCGGAUGCAGCCGGCAUAGACGCCACCUCGGCGACCGCGACCGGCGGCACUAGUGCAACCACGCAACAGACCGGAAGGGAGAGGAACAAGCUGCCCAGCAAGCUGGCGAAACUGUUUGCACAGCUGGGCGAGCGCAAUGCCAUCGCGCAGGCGGAGAUUGAAUUUAAUGAAACCCUAUGA